AUGAUAGGGUUCUUGACAAGCAAAGCGAGGGAGAAUUCUAUCCCCGUUUCUGCGAUUAGGGUUCAUCUUUCUCUUCGUCGUCCUCGUCCUGUAACAACAGCAACGGGAACAUACAGUAUCCUCCGGUCCCAAUACAGUCCAGUUCCUCCUUAUGCAAUCUUUGUUAAUGCAUCGAUACAAGUAUUUCAAGGCAAUCCAAGUUUGUGUGGAAAUGUUACUGGAUUAAAGCUUUGUCCAAGUCAAAAUAUGAUGAAGAAAAAAGAUCCCGUUCAUCAUAAGCGUGUCCUUAUAAUUGUGCUUCCUAUUUUCGGGGCACUUUUACUAGGUUUACUCAUGUGUGGCCUCAUAGCUUAUCAACGACAAAAGAAAAUUUUGCCACAUGAGCAACCAUCAGAUGACGAAGGUGAUGAUUUCUUCUCAAUUUCAAGUUUUGAUGGAAGAGUAGUGUAUGAUGAAGUCUUGAAGGCAACAAAUGGCUUUGACGAUGCAUAUUGUAUUGGAUCAGGAGGAUAUGGUAUUGUAUACAAAGCCGAACUACAACCUAACAACGUAGUAGCUGUGAAGAAACUUCACUCAUCAUCAGGUAAGGUUGAUCGUAAGGGUUUCCUUAACGAGGUACGGGCAUUAACAAACAUAAGGCAUCGAAACAUAGUGAAACUCUACGGAUAUUGCUCCCAUGCUCGCCACUCAUUUUUGAUUUAUGAAUACCUUGAAAAGGGUAGCAUCGGAUCAAUCUUAAGUAGCGAUAUCUUGGCAAAAGAAUUGGAUUGGUUGAAACGGAUCAAAAUUGUAAAGGGUGUAGCUAAUGCCUUGGCUUAUAUGCAUCAUGAUUGUUCACCUCCUAUCAUUCAUAGAGACAUUUCCAUAGCCAACAUCCUUCUUGAUUCUGAUUAUGAGGCACAUAUUUCUGAUUUUGGCACAUCCAAGCUUUUAAAGCUAGACUCAUCCAACUGGACCGCGAUUGCAGGCACCUAUGGUUAUAUCUCGCCAGAGCUUGCAUAUACAAUGGUGGCCACUGAGAAAUGCGAUGUGUAUAGCUUUGGAGUUGUUGCACUGGAAGUGAUGAUCGGAAAGCAUCCCGGAGAACUCAUAACAUCUUUACGAACAUUGGCUAUUGAUUAUCUAUUGCUAGCAAAUGUGGGAGAUCGUCGUAUACCACCUCCAUCAUCAGAAGUUGAGAAACAAGUAAAGUUAGUUCUGAGUCUCUCAAGAGCUUGUUUGAACUCCAACCCACAUGCAAGGCCAACAAUGCGCCAAGUUUCAAAUAUGCUAAUGGAGGAUUAGCUUUAAAUUUCCAUAUUUGUUGUACUACUUUCAAUGUUUCCUUUUAAGAAGUUUUCUCUGAUGCAUUCUAAUAAUAUGUACCCAAUAAAUGCCUUAUCUAGUAUGACAUGAUGCUACACA